AUGUCGAAGGAGGCCCCCUUGUCCAAUGUUGAACAGGAUUUCAUCCUCAAGGCCAUCAAAGAGGGUACGCGCCUUGAUGGUCGUGAAGCUGAUCAAUACCGGCCUCUCAGCAUCACCUUCGGUGAAGAAUAUGGCAGCGUGAAGGUCCAUCUGGGCAAGACCGCACUUGUUGUUCGCAUUUCGGCUUCCGUUGUAAAGCCCAGGGAAGAUAAGCCCUUCGAUGGUCUGUUUGAUAUCUCCAUGGAAUUGACUUCCUUGGGUAGCCCAGCUUGGGAAAGUGGACGAUCCAGCGAUCUAGAAACAUCCGUCACCCAUAUCCUCGACCGAGUCAUCCGCCACUCCAAUGCUAUCGACACCGAAUCGCUUUGCAUCGUAAAGGGUGUCAGCUGCUGGAGCAUCCGUGCCGACAUCCUUGUGAUCGACUAUGACGGAAACCUGACUGAUACGGCCUGCAUCGGCGUCAUGACUGGACUGCAGCACUUCCGCCGGCCGGAUGCAGUCGUACGCGACGGCAAGGUCAUCGUAUACAAAGUAGAGGAUCGAGUUCCAGUCCCCCUCAACAUCACCCACAAGCCUCUUUCGGUUACCUUCAACUCCUUCAAUAACGGCAAAAACAUCAUUGUCGACGCAACUCGCAAGGAAGAACAGGCAGCCGAGGGAGAUGUGGUGGUCGGCAUCAACAGCGGCGGAGAAGUUUGCUUCAUGUCCAAAUUCUCAGGCCACCCUGUAAGUCCGAUGACGAUAGUGCGCAAUGUCGACAUCGCCCUGGAGAAAGUGAAAGAGCUCAAUGUCCAGAUUGACAAGGUGUUGCAAAUUGAUCUCGCAAAGCGGGCUAAGCUGGGCAUGGCCGAGGAAGGACAGGCGACAAACGACCGCUAA